UUGGAUCAUCUACGAUUGUCCGGCGCACGAUGUAAAGAACGCUACCAGUGGUGUAUAGAGUCUGGAGACCGCGCAUUGUCUAUUUGUCAGACACACGCCAGUCAGUCGCUUCACCGGACGCGCCGAAGCCGGUACGAUUUACAUUGAUUUAAUGUUAAAAACGUGUUCUCUUCAUUCGUAAAUUCACUCCUACUGUAACAUGUCUUAUUCAUUUUACAAUAGUGGUUGAAGUCUAAGAAGUCAUAAACAUUAAGCAGAAAAAUGUCGAGGGCUAGACAUGAAACGUUCACAGCAGAAUAUUGUUCUGGAGAAACAGUCACGCUGUAUAGUCAACAGCACCAUGCAAGAACUAAUCUACAAGCGCAUGCCAACAUUAGCAAUGUUCCUUUAAACCAAAAAGGAGAACCAAUUAAACUACCGGAUAACUUAGAAAGUUUACCACGCGCUGAAAAUUUUCCUAUCCAAAGGCAUCGUUGGAACACUAAUGAAGAAAUUGCAGCAAUAUUAAUUAACUUUGAAAAACACAACGAAUGGCAAUCAAAAGAAGUAAAAAUCAGGCCUAAAAGUGGUUCGAUGCUUUUAUAUAGCAGAAAAAAAGUUAGAUAUCGACGUGACGGAUACUGCUGGAAAAAAAGAAAAGAUGGAAAGACCACUCGAGAGGAUCAUAUGAAAUUAAAAGUUCAAGGAACUGAAUGUAUUUACGGGUGCUAUGUUCAUUCAGCCAUUUUACCAACAUUUCAUAGACGAUGUUAUUGGUUAUUGCAGAAUCCAGACAUGGUGUUAGUGCACUAUUUGAACGUUCCGUAUCCAGACGAUAAUAAAUUAUCUGUAAUCUCCCCUAACUCGGCACUUUGGGCCGAUCGAAAAGAGUGGACUAAAGAUGAACUUCUUUCUCAAUUAAAACCCAUGUUUUACGAAGAAAAUUCUAAUUUCAACAGUGAUAUUGAAGUUAAGACUGGAGAUUGUGUGUCCACUAUGGUUACUCAACUUAUGGAAUGGCAAAAAAAUGCUCGAGCAUCACUUCUCAGUAGAACUUUAGAAUGUGGAUGCCCUGAUUCUACGUGUGCAGAUGGUCAAUCGUGUUCUCGACCUAUCAGACGUAUACUAUCUUCGGAUAGUAAUCAAGUUUCUUCUACUACGGGAAAUCGUACCCGACCAUCUACUAUAGUUUUUACUAAUUCACCUUCACAUCAAUCAAGAGUCAACUUAACAACGACUCAAUGCGGACUUUCUUCUUCAAAUAUAUUAAAUGAUAAUUUGAUACCAAAUUCAACACAAGAAUUUCAUAACCAAGUACAACAACAAAUUAUUAUGAAGUACGAUUGUAGGGAAAGUGGAUCAUUUAUGAAUAAUAGACAUUUAUCACAAAAUAACACACCUGAAAAUAGUCGAACAAACGAUGAUAUUUUGCAUGGAUAUAACAAUAAAGAAAUUUAUCAGGGACCAGAAAAUCAAAAUGAUCACAUCAUAAAUAUUUAUCAGAAUCACAAUAAUUUGAAACAACAAAUUGAAGAUCAUGUCAAGUCUGAAUUUUAUGAUGUUACUUUAGACUUGUCACACGAUGACAUCCAAAAGACUCUUUCAGUUAACAUGCCCGCUGUAACUUGUGCUAAUUCUGACCAACUUUUAAGACUGGAUGAUAAUAGAAACAACAAAAAUGUAACUGGUGAUGACGUUUUUGUAAAUUUGGACGCUUUUGAUAUGCUAACUGACUUCCAAGAGUUGGAUAUUUUAGAAAAUACAGACCAUCAAACAUCAACAAGCUUGGUGACAGGAAUGAGUACAAAUGCAGAGUGCUCACAAAAUUCUAUUGGACAUAUUCAAAUGGAUAUCGAUGUAUUGCAAAUUACAGAUUAUUCCCCUGGGUGGGCAUUUCCUGAGGGUGGUGUUAAAAUACUAGUUACGGGACCGUGGUAUUCAUCUUCUUCGUACACUGUGAUGUUUGAUUCAGUUGAAGUUUCUACUACUCUCAUUCAAGAAGGUGUCCUGCGUUGCUAUUGUCCUGCACAUGAUAUUGGGACAGUUACUUUACAAGUUAUCGUUGACGGAAGACCUAUAUCGUCCACAGCUAUUUUUGAAUACCGCCAACGCGAGUUUCCCCUCACGAUAUCAUCAUUAACUGUCACAGACACUUCAUCACUACUUAAAUUCUAUUUACUUCAAAAAUUAGAUUUACUCGAAGAAUAUUUACAACCUAUAAGUCAACAAUCACAUCUUCUACUCAAAGAAAAUUUGGAUUUGUUUAACAAAUCAAACUUUGAAGAACGGCUUGUUGAUUAUUGCGAACACAUAAAACAAUUUUCGUGGAAACCAGAAUCCGAGUGUAAUAUUAAGCAAUUGGAUACUGAAACGACUAUUUUACACAUGGCUGCUUUUUUAGGCUAUUCUAAACUAGUAUGUAAAUUGCUACAAUGGAAAUUGGAAAAGGUUUCACAAUUUCUAGAAAUGGAAAUAAAUGUUUCUAAACAAGAUUGUGAAGGAUACACUCCAUUGAUGUGGGCAUGUAAGAAAGGACAUAAAGAUACUGCAGUUUUACUUUGUCAAUGGAAUCAGACAGUUCAAAAUUCUAACAGUAUCAUGAACUCCGAUUAUUUUCAGACUGAGAUAUUAGAAUCCGUCCAUCAAUAUUUCAAUGAUUUUAAUCAUAAUCAAUACUAUACAUGUGAUAAAUUAACUGAUGAUAUUUUUACAAAACCUAAUGAGUUUAUUAGUGAGAUUAAAAAAGAAAAUUCAUUUCACAAAUUUGACGUUCCUAGUUCACAAACUGCCCAGUUAAACCAUUAUGAUUUGUCUUUAAAAGAGAAUACUGAUAAUCAAUGUGAUCAAAAUAACAAAAAACAUUAUUUAAAUUUUUCACAAACAAAUGACCACUACAAACGGGUUUUAAAAUCGCUACAACAUUGUCCUUCUAUACAAAAGUUCCAAAAAAGUGAUACGCUACCUCUGCAGUCACCGAGUUCCGAUAGUGGUAUUUCAAUAGAACGAUCACCUAUUCUUAAAAAGUCUAAUUUCAUAAUUUGCAUGGUGACCGCACUGUCCAAGAGACCGGCGGAGACCUUAUCAGCUGUAGCACCAGAUGACAGUAGUUUUGGUGGUGACCGUGGAGACGGGGUUAAGGGAAAGCAACCAAAUCAAACUCAAGGUGAAACAGAAGUUCACCAAGCAGAUCCGGUGGUUGAAAACUCACCAGGAAAUGGGGAACAAGAUUUUCGAGUACUUACUUUAGCUGAACAAUUUAUUGCAGCAAUGCCUGAACACAUAAAGAAUGAAAAUAAAUCAUGUGGUAGUAUUUCCAAUCCGUUUUUAUUUGAAGUUGUAGAAGAUCCGGCAUCAUCAAUAUCAUCAUGCUGUUUUGAAUUGAAAUCAGCCCACAAUGAAUGUAAUGACGAAGUGUACCGACAACAUGAAAGAGAAAGUGAAACGCCAUCAUCAAGUACGAGUAUAAGCUUAAGCCCAAUGUCAAGUAUAUCACAGUACUCACCAUCUUCACCGCCUCCUUCAGCCCAAGAUUUAUGUGAAUUUCUUCACGCUUCAUCGAAUAAUCAGUUUUUUGAAAAUAAUUUUUCUAAAAUAACACUUUCUGCCAUUGAACAAAGAGAAUUAUACGAUGCUGCAAAAACUAUUCAAAAAGCGUACCGGACUUACAAAAAAAGAGAAGAGCAUAAAGAAAUGAUAGCUGCUUCAGUUAUUCAGACAUGUUAUCGCCGUUAUAAACAGUUCGCAUACUACAAACAAAUGAAUAGAGCUGCUAUAGUAAUACAAAAACAAUUCCGUUCAUAUAGGAGAAAUAAACGAUGUAAAAAAGAUAUAUCUCGUUAUUCUAAUAACCCGUCCACAACCAUUAAAAAAAGUCAAACACAAAAACGGCAUAACCAGGCAGCUAGAAAAAUUCAAAAUUUUAUGAAACAUAACAAAAAUAAUAUGUCUCCUCCUAUUAUUUUUAAUGAAAGGAAUUUUAUCAACCGUAAAAGAGAUGCUGGUUCUCAACCUAACAAUGUAUAUCCACCAACAAAGGUUUCUCAAUACUCAACGGUACAGCAAUCUUCAAGCUAAAACUGUCUAAAUGCCAAAAGGCUUCCUGUUCAGACGAUCAUUAAACUAUAAAUUUUAUAGUUUACAUUAGAGCUAAAUGAUAUAGCGUAAUUAUUUCUUUAUAAAAUAGAUAUUAUUAAUAUGUUUUACAUGUCAUAUUAUAAUUUGCCAUAUUUUUUUUUCAUUUAAACAAUCUUGAGAUGUUUUAAAUUAAAUUUAAAAAAAAUAGUUUCCUGAAAUUAUAAACACGAAAAUUUUUAAUUCAAUAAUUUCAAUUAAUCACUUAGUUAUGACAAAUGAAUU